UGUCUAUGUGGAGCAGAGUCAACAUGGUCCCCUCAGCGGCAGACCUCAGCUGAGACUGUCUCGCUUCUCCUGCCUGUGCACCACCCUGCGGGACUGUCCACACACGGAUGAGAUAGCCAGAAGUGCCCGGUGGAGAGUGCAGGUUGGAUCCCAGAGAUCUCUCACCAACCCUCGCUUUGAGCACAUCAGUAUGGCCAGCGGGGAUGACGACGACCCCAUCAUAGAGGAGAUCGAUGUGUAUCUUGCCAAAAGCCUCGCAGAAAAGCUGUAUCUCUUCCAGUAUCCUGUUCGACCUUCCACCAUGACCUACGACGACGUCAAUCAUUUAGCGGCUAAGAUCAAACCCAAGCAGCAGAGGGUGGAGCUGGAAAUGGCCAUCAACACAGUGAGUCCGAACUACUGUCGCAGCAAAGGCGAGCAGAUCGCUCUGAAUGUGGACGGCGCGACGUACGAAGAAAGCAACACCUACUCGGUCAAAAUGAUGGACAAGCAGACGUUCUCCUCCAUCCAGGCCACCACCAACACCUCCAGAUACGCCGCCGCUGUGUUCCGCAAAGGUGAGCUUCAUGUCACGCCUCUGACGGGAAUCCUCCAGAUGAGGCCCAGCUUCUCCUACCUGGACAAAGCUGACAACAAGACCAGAGAGAGAGAAGCAGCCAAUGAAGGUGGAGACUCUUCUCAGGAUGAAGCUGAAGAUGAAGCCAAGGCCAUCACGGUGAGGUUUGCUCGGCCCGAGUCGGAGCAGGCCCGGCAGAGGAGGAUCCAGUCCUAUGAGUUCCUGCAGAAGAAGCAAGCGGAGGAGCCCUGGGUUCACCUGCAGUACCACGGCGUGAAGGACGGGCGCUCGGAGCAUGAAAGGCAGUACCUGUUCUGUCAGUCAGUGGACGCGUCGCAGAACUCCGAACUGGUCAAAACUCCAAAGGAGUACCUCGCCAUGCUGAUGCCUCCUCUGGCAGAAGAGAAAGUUGUAAAGCCUGUCGGGCCCAGUACCGUUUUCUCCAUGGCUCAGCUGCGCACGUUACCGCUGGGAGACCAAAUCAAGGCCCUGAUGAAGAACGUCAAGAUAAUGCCUUUCGCCAACCUGAUGGGCCUUCUGGCUUCGGGCACCGACUCCACGUCAGUACUGCGCUGCAUCCAGCAGGUGGCGCUGCUGGUUCAGGGGAACUGGGUCGUCAAGAGUGACGUCCUGUACCCAAAAAACACCUGCAGUCCUCACAGCGGCGUCCCGGCUGAAGUCCUCUGCCGGGGCCGAGACUUCGUGAUGUGGAGAUUCACUCUGGAGCGGUCUGUGAUGAGGAAGGAGAUCGCAUCCAUCAUCAAACUUCCCCCGGAGGACGUGAAGGAGUUCCUGGAGCAAGUGGCGGCGCCUCGGAUCAACCGCGGCUGGGAGUUCCUGCUGCCGACCGACGCGGACUUCAUCAAGAAACACCCAGACGUCGCCCACAGGCAGCACAUGCUGUGGCUCGGCAUCCAGAGCAAGUUGGAAAAAGUGUUUAAUUUCUCUAAAGAAGACUUUAUGCCAAAGAAUUCCUCUCAGCCAGAACCCGUCCAUGUGAGCGGCGAGCAGCGUCUGAAGAUGGCCCAGCAGCGGGCGCAGGACAACCACUCGUCGCUGCAGAGGGACCUGGACGCCAGGCGCGCCGAGAGCGGCUUCCACAUCAAGCAGGAGCCGGUCUACGACGGCGAGGUGGAGGCCAUGGACACCUCCUCCCCCUCCCCCUCCUCCUCCUCCAUCCCCAACGGUUCCCUGAACGGCUACCCGGGCGCCGCCUCGCCGGGCUUCGACCACGCCAACGGCACCGGCGGCGGCACGGCCUCGGCGGAGCUGCAGGACUUUGUGUCAAAGACUUUCCGGAAGCACUUCGUGCUGACGCUGAACGAGCUGAAGCGGCUGUUCAACCUCCACCUGGCCUCCAUGCCGGCGGGACGCAGCGUCUUCCACUCCAUCUCCGACCACAUGCUGCAGGACGCCGUGCUGCUCAGCCGCUGCAAGCAGAUCCUGGUGCCUUUUCCGGCUCAGAGCACGGCCGCCUCCGACGAACAGAAAGUGUUCGGCUUGUGGGAAACUGGAGAAGACUUCGACAAGCACCGCCGGCUGCUGUACGACGUCUUCUCCAAGAACUACCGGGUCAGAAGGAACGUCGUUCAGGCCCGACUGGCCCAGGAGCUGGGCGACGUGCCCAAAGCCGACGUAGACCGCCUCCUCACCGAGUGCUGCAGCAGCCACGGCGGGAUGUGGUACCUCAAAGGAACCAUCCAGUCCUGACCCAGAGACCCCUGCCCCUCCCAGUGGGGGGGGGCAGCGGAGCCCCGAGAGCCAGACUCAGCAGCUCGUCCCGCCACCGGCUCCAAGAGGGCGACGACGUCCGCCACGCUCCCAGCGGGAAGCUUUCCUCAUUUCUGAGCUGAACGCCAGCGCUCAGGACGACCCGUCCCCACAGACUCACAGCCGGGACGCCUGACGGCGAACAGGAAACAGAAACAAUGAAGAAAUAUCAAGAUAUAUAUACGGUUUAUCAGUAGGGUUUUUUUUUGUUUGUUUUUUUUUCCCCCAAUUGUUGCAUUUAUGACCUCAAGUUUGAUUAAAUUGAACUUCCACCAGAUGCAACGGAUCGCUUUCAUUUCAGUUUGUCUGACCUGUUUUUACUUUCUCAUCGGCGGCAAAAGAGGAAUCAUUUUAAGCUUUUCUUUUUUCCUCCGUAUCAAACUGAAUACAAUAUUUAUGCUGCCCUGUGGACGAGCUUGAGGAUUGAAAACGGUUUGCGGAGGCAGUUAAAGAACAUCCGACCUCAUGAAGCUGUUGUGAGAAAAAGGGAAAAUUGAUGAAAAAAAAACAAAAAAACAAGCAGAAGUAUUAAAUUAUGUUUUUGGCAAUCAGAUAUAUCUGCU